UUUACAAAAUUCUAAACAAAUUUAAACGAACGAGCUCAUACGAAACACAAGUACACAUUAUUUGAAGUGUGAAACGAACGAAUUUCGCGUUUAAUGAAAAUAAAUAAUAUCACAAUCAAAACAUACAAUAUCGGUUCAAAAUGAGGAUCAUUUAUUUACUUCUUCUUGUGUCCUUGUUUUGUCUGGUGAGCGCGAAAUAUUUGCCCAAUGAACGUGCUUCAGGCAUCUUGCUCAGGAAGCCUAGAUCUUUAUCAGAUGAAUCAAAUAUUUCAAAUGAAAGUAAUGAUGAUGAUAAUACAAAUGAAAACGAUGACGACAAUGACGAUUCCUUGGAGCGUAAACAACUUGAACAACAGUUGAAACUUCAAGAGAAAAGAGAGAAAGAGGAGCGAAAACGGAUAGAAAGAGAACGUAAACUUCAAGAAAAGCUUGAAGAAGAGGAACGAAAGUUGCAAGAAAAAGCAGCAGAACGGGAACGUAAACUACAGGAAAAACUGGAAAAGGAAGAACGCAAGCGGCAAGAGAAAUUAGAAAAAGAAGAGCGUAAACGACUAGAACAAGAAAGAAAACGGCAAGAAAAGCUUGAGAAAGAAGAACGUAAACGCCAAGAAAAGAUUCAAAAACAUCUAGAAGAGAUCGAAAAGCAAACUGCCGAAGAAAAUAACCCGGUGGUUGACAGCUCUUCUGAGUCCACAGAGGACAAUGAUCCCAUGGAUUUGGAAGAUAUUUGGAAGAACUAUGUGUAUUCAAGGUACGGGUUAACUGCUAACAACAGUGACAUUGAGAAGCAGGCUGCCGUGAACAGAUAUUUGUCAGAAGAGCUUGGUUUAAGUGUUAAUAGUACUAAGGUUGAAUAUCGCCAAGCAGUUUUACAACUAGUGCAAAACAAAUUGUUAAAUGAUACUGGUGCACCGGAUAGUUUCCAUAAUUAUUUGAUUAGUCACGUGAAUGCCGUGUACAUUCAGAGGCUUAGUGCAGAGUUAGAAGCUAAAAUAGCCGAAUUGGAUAACGAGACUGCUUUAUUGCAAAAUGUCAGUUUACCGUGGGUGACCGAGGCCCAACAAACAAUUGAACAAAAGAGAACCAUACUUCAAACUGUUGUUCAAUUUUUGUCAAACGUACUUCCCAAUUGGAUAACUGGAACCCAAACUGGCUCCUCCGCUUCUAAUACUCCGACUUCUGACGGCAGUGUAUCAGUAGACAAUUCAUCCCCCGUAGUACCCGUUAAUGCUGGCGCCUCAGUAGGUGUUUCAUCUAACGCUGCUCCCGCUGACGGUAGUGUAGCAGUAGACAGUUCAUCCGCUGCAGGUCCCGCCAAUGCUGGCGCCUCAGUAGGCGUUUCAUCUAACUCUGCUCCCGCUGACGGCAGUGUAGCAGUAGACAGUUCAUCCGCUGCAGGUCCCGCCAAUGCUGGCGCCUCAGUAGGCGUUUCAUCUAACUCUGCUCCCGCUGACGGCAGUGUAGCAGUAGACAGUUCAUCCGCUGCAGGUCCCGCCAAUGCUGGCGCCUCAGUAGGCGUUUCAUCUAACUCUGCUCCCGCUGACGGCAGUGUAGCAGUAGACAGUUCAUCCGCUGCAGGUCCCGCCAAUGCUGGCGCCUCAGUAGGCGUUUCAUCUAACUCUGCUCCCGCUGACGGCAGUGUAGCAGUAGACAGUUCAUCCGCUGCAGGUCCCGCCAAUGCUGGCGCCUCAGUAGGCGUUUCAUCUAACUCUGCUCCCGCUGACGGCAGUGUAGCAGUAGACAGUUCAUCCGCGGCAGUACCCGCCAAUGCUGGCGCCUCAGUCGGUGCUUCAUCUAACGCUGCUCCCGCUGACGGCAGUGUAGCUGUAGACAGUUCAUCCGCGGCAGUACCCGCCAAUGCUGGCGCAUCAGUCGUUGCUUCAUCUAACUCUGCUCCCGCUGACGGCAGUGUAGCAGUAGACAGUUCAUCCGCGGCAGUACCCGCCAAUGCUGGCGCCUCAAUCGGUACUUCAUCUAAUUCUGUUCCCGCUGACGGCAGUGUAGCUGUAGACAGUUCAUCCGCUGCAGUACCCGCCAAUGCUGGCGCCUCGGUCGGUGCUUCAUCUAACUCUGCUCCCGCUGACGGCAGUGUAGCAGUAGACAGUUCAUCCUCCGCAGUACCCGCCAAUGCUGGCGCCUCAGUAGCAGUGUCGUCUAACUCUGCCCCAUCUGACGCUGGUGUCUCAGUAGAUAGUACAUCUAUUGUUGCCCCCGGUGGUGCAGAUGUUUCAGUGGCUGUAUCAUCCAACGCUGCCCCCGCUGAUAGCAGUGUCUCAGUAGACAGCUCAUCUGUUACUGCCCCCGCUAGUGUAGAUGCCCCAGUAGCCGUGUCGUCUAACUCUGCCCCAGCUAACGCUGGUGGCUCAGUAGAGGGUUCAUCUGUUUCUGCUUCCGCUGGUGCAGAUGCUUCAGUAGUUGUAUCAUCUAAUCCUGCCCCAUCUAAUGCGGGUGUCUCAGUAGACAGUACUUCCGUCGUAACCUCUGUUAAUACAGCAACCGUUGACGCAGCUCCUGCUGACGCAGCUCCUGCUAACGCGGCCCCCGUAGACGUAGCUUCUGUUGACGCGGCCCCUGCUGACGCAGCUCCUGUUGACGUAGCUCCUGUUGACGUAGCCCCUGUUGACGCGGCUCCCGUUGACGCAGCCCCUGUUGACGCGGCUCCCGUUGAUGCAGCCCCUGUUGAUGUAGCCUCAGUUGACACCACCACCUCUAAUGUAGCCCCUGUUGACGCGGCUCCCGUUGACUUAGCCCCUGUUGACGCUGCUCCCGUUGACGCAGCCCCUGUUGACGCGGCUCCCGUUGAUGCAGCCCCUGUUGACGCGGCUCCCGUUGAUUCAGCCCCUGUUGACGCAGCCACCGUUGAUGUAGCUCCUGUUGAUGCGGCUGCCGUUGACGUCGCCCCUGUUGAUGCCGCCACCGUUGAUGUAGCCCCUGUUGAUGCCGCCACCGUUGAUGUAGCCCCUGUUGAUGCGGCUCCCGUUGACGUCGCCCCGGUUGAUGCGGCCCCAGUUGAUGCCGCCACCUCUAAUGUAGCCCCUGUUGACGCGGCUCCCGUUGAUGUAGCUCCUGUUGAUGCGGCUCCCGUUGACGUCGCCCCUGUUGACGCAGCCACCGUUGAUGUAGCUCCUGUUGAUGCGGCUCCCGUUGACGUCGCCCCUGUUGAUGCCGCCACCGUUGAUGUAGCCCCUGUUGAUGCAGCUCCCGUUGACGUCGCCCCUGUUGAUGCCGCCACCGUUGAUGUAGCCCCUGUUGACGCGGCUCCCGUUGACGCAGCCCCUGUUGAUGUAGCCCCAGUUGACGCCGCCACCUCUAAUGUAGCCCCUGUUGACGCGGCUCCCGUUGAUGCAGCCCCUGUUGACGCAGCUUCUGUUGACGUAGCCCCUGUUGAUGCAGCUACCGCUGAUGUAGCACCCGUUGAUGUAGCACCAGUUGACGUAGCCCCUGUUGAAGCGGCUCCCGUUGACGUAGCCCCUGUUGAUGUAGCGCCCGUUGACGUAGCUUCUGUUGACGUAGCACCCGUUGACGUAGCCCCUGUUGACGUAGCCCCCGUUGACGUAGCCCCCGUUGACGCAGCCCCAGUUGACGCAUCCCCUGUUGACGCAGUCCCCGUUGAUGCGGCUCCUGUUGACGCGGCCAAUGUUGACGCAGCUUCCGUUGACGCAGCUCCCGUUGAUGUGGCUCCCGUUGAUUCGGCUCCCGUUGAUGUAGCACCCGUUGAUAUAGCCCCCGUUGACGCAGCCCCCGUUGACGCAGUCCCCGUUGACGCAGCCCCUGUUGACGCAGCCCCUGUUGACGCAGCCCCCGUUGACGUUGCGCCUGUUGAUGUAGCCCCUGUUGAUGCAGCUCCCGUUGACACUGCCCCUACCGACGUAGCUCCCGUUGACGCAAUCCCUGCUGACUCGGGAAACUCGGUGGUAGAAUCAUCUAACCCUGCUCCAGCUGAUGCUGUUGCGGUUCCAACCGAUGCAGGUGUAACUGAGAGCCCUGUUGCCGUUAAUACGGAGGGAAUUAUUUUAAGUUCAACUGACGCCGUACCCAUCGAUGUUACUAGUGCAUCUGAAAGCAACGUAUCUCCCUCUGGAUCGGCUGAUCCAGUUUCUAGCUCUGGACAAGCCUCUGAUGCUGUAAAUAAUGUAGAGACCACUGUGGCACCUUCAGUUGUUCAAGAAAACACUAAUACUCCCGCUGUACCGGAGUCAGUCUACGGUGAAACCUUAGCUCCGGUACCUUUUGAAGACGGUGCAGCAUUGUUAGAAGUAACUACCCAAUAAUAAUGAAUUCUAGAUUUGUACAAUGUUGAUAUUAGUUGUUUAUUCUUUGAUGUUUAUUUAAUUAAAUAAGUUCUGGCAUUUGA